CCCAGGAUCAUGGGAAGCAACCAGACAUGGAUCACAGAAGUCACCCUGCUGGGAUUCCGGGUCGAGCCAGUCCUGGAGUUUUUCCUCUUUGGAUUUUUCUCUCUCUUCUAUACCCUCACCCUUUUGGGGAAUGGCUUCAUCCUGGGCCUUAUCUGCUUGAACUAUAGACUGCACACCCCCAUGUACUUCUUCCUCUCACACCUGGCCGUCAUUGACAUGUCCUAUGCUUCCAACAAUGUCCCCAAGAUGCUGGCUAACUUAGUGAACCAGAAUAGAACCAUCACCUUUGUCCCUUGCCUUAUGCAGACUUAUUUGUAUCUGGCCUUUGCUCACGCAGAGUGCCUGAUUUUGGUGGUGAUGUCCUAUGAUCGGUUUGUGGCCAUUUGCCACCCCCUCCAGUACUCGGUCAUCAUGAGCUGGAGGGUGUGCACAGUCCUGGCUGUCAUGUCCUGGGUGUUUAGCUUCCUCCUGGCUCUGGUCCAUUUAGUUCUCAUCCUGAGGCUGCCCUUCUGCGGGCCUCAUGAAAUCAACCACUUCUUCUGUGAGAUCCUGUCUGUCCUCAGGCUGGCCUGCGCUGACACUGGGCUCAACCAGCUUGUCAUCUUUGUUGCCUGUGUGUUUGUCUUGGUGGGGCCCCUGUGCGUGGUGCUGGUCUCCUACGCGCGCAUCGUCUCUGCCGUCCUGAGGAUCCAGUCAGGGCAGGGCCGCAGGAAGGCCUUCUCCACCUGCUCCUCCCACCUCUGCGUGGUCGGGUUCUUCUUCGGCAGCGCCAUUGUCGUGUACAUGGCCCCCAAAUCCCGCCACCCCGAGGAGCAGCAGAAGGUCCUUUCCCUGUUUUACAGCCUUUUCAACCCCAUGCUGAACCCACUGAUCUACAGCCUGAGGAACGCAGAGGUCAAGGGUGCCCUGCGGAGAGCACUGUGCAAGGAGAGGCCAAGUUAA